AUGAUUGCCCCAAAUUUAUUGUUAAAUCCUGGUGCCGAAGAACGAUCUAUCGCUGGUUGGCGUCAAACGGGUCCUGCAACCGCCAUUGUUGAUUCAAAUGGAGCAUUCAAUAGCAAUUAUUAUCCACAUAGUGGAUCCUAUUGUUUUGCUGGCGGAAAAGGAGUAGAUGAUUCAUCAUCAGGAUUAGUUCAAAAUGUUAAACUUCUAGGUGGUAUUCAAGAUUUCACGGAAAGUCAACUUGACACACGUUCUUUCAUGGCGGAACUACAUUUUUAUUAUCAAACUUGGGACAGUUUUUUUAUGCGUCAUGAUCAAGUAGAAGUUAGUUUGACAUUUCGAUCAGCUUCGUCUUCAAUAUUGAACAUAGUAACGACAGGAGAACUUGCUUGCAAGACAUCAAACCCAGGAUGGUGUCGUUAUAUGAAGGGAUUUCCAACACCAAGGGGUACACGAAGUAUUGACUAUUCAAUCAAAUUCAUUCGAAGAGACGUGGUGGGCACAACUAUCGACUCUUAUGUUGAUGAUAACUCAUUGAGAAUUAUAUAA